GCAUUCUCUGAGCUCCUGUUAUUUCGUUGUUAUUUAGGUGAUGCGCCUUCUCACUGCAAUGAAUCUUCAUUUGGUAUGGAUUGUUCUCCUGUUUUGAAGGUCAAGUCUAUAUUUAUCAGUUCUGCAAUAUUAGCUGCAAAAAGCCCUUUUUUUUACAAGCUUUUUUCAAAUGGCAUGCGAGAAUCAGAUCAACGGCAUGCGACCUUACGAAUUAAUGAAACAGAGGAAGCUGCCCUAAUGGAACUUCUGAGCUUUAUGUAUAGUGGGAAGUUGUCAACCAGUUCAGAACCAGCCCUCCUAGAUCUUCUUAUGGCGGCUGAUAAGUUUGAGGUUGCUUCUUGCAUGAGGCACUGCAGUCAUAUGCUAAGAAGCUUGCCUAUGACUACAGAAUCCGCACUUCUUUAUUUGGAACUCCCAUCUAGUGUUUCUAUUGCUUCUGCAGUGCAGCCACUGACAGAUGCUGCUAAGGAAUUCCUUGCUAAUAAAUAUAGGGACUUGACAAAGUUCCAAGAUGAAGUGAUGAAUCUACCAUUAGCUGGCAUUGAGGCAGUCCUUAGCAGUAAUGACCUUCAAGUAGCUUCUGAAGAUGCUAUCUAUGACUUGGUUUUAAAGUGGGCUCGAGCACAGUACCCCAAGUUAGAGGAGCGGAGGGAAAUAUUGGGAACCCGAUUGGUGGGUUUAAUCCGAUUUCCAUUUAUGACCUGCAGGAAACUGAGGAAGGUACUCGCAUGCAAUGAUCUUGACCAUGAAACGGCAUCUAAAGCUGUUUUGGAUGCAGUAUUCUUCAAAGCUGAGACCCCCUAUAGGCAGCGUGCUCUUGCAUCCGAGGACUCGAACAAAAACCGUCAGUUUGUGGAGCGGGCCUACAAGUAUAGGCCUGUAAAAGUGUUGGAGUUUGUUUUGCCGCACUCUCAAUGCAUUGUUUACUUGGACUUAAGGCGGGAGGAGUGUGCCAAUCUAUUUCCAUCUGGCCGUGUGUACUCUCAGGCAUUCCACUUAGGAGGACAAGGCUUCUUUCUCUCAGCACACUGUAAUAUGGAUCAACAAAGUUCAUUUCACUGCUUUGGCCUUUUCCUAGGGAUGCAGGAAAAAGGUUCUGUGAGCUUUACGGUUGACUAUGAAUUUGCAGCGAGGACAAAACCUGCUGGUGAGUUUGCCACCAAAUACAAGGGAUAUUACACCUUCACUGGGGGCAAGGCCGUUGGAUACAGAAACCUGUUUGCAAUUCCAUGGACAUCGUUCAUGGCCGAGGACAGUCUCUACUUCAUGAAUGGAGUACUUCACUUGAGAGCUGAGCUUAGCAUUAAACAGCCACAGCCGGUGCUUCAGCUCUAGGUGCAUUUCUGCUGCAGAUUUUUUGGGUCCUAUGACCUUAAGUCUAAUGCUAAUGUUAGGGCUCACAAUCAUAUACCUUUUGGGCUUGGCCGGUCAUGUGGCCUUGAUGUACUUUGUUGAAUUGAGGGUACUGGAUGGCGGGUUAACCUAUGAUUCUAACUUCUUAUUGACCCAUAGCUACCUUUACUUAUCAAGAUCUGUAAAUUAUGUUGGAAAACGGGGAAUUAAAUGUUCAUUAGGGCCAGUUGAUAGAUGUCCCAACCUUUGCUAGUAGCUUUGAAGAAUUUGAGAGAAAAAUAUUGCGCAAGUAAUGCCUCCAGUGCUUGAGGAGGAAUUGUUGUGCUUGAAGUUAUUUUUAUUUCCUGUUAUUGAUUUUGCCAUUGUGCUUUGGCGAAUUUGGAUGCUAGGUUUGGUUUUGUUCUUACAAUCAUCCAGCAUUAAGGAUUAUAUAAUUUUCAUGCAUCCUUUUUUUUUUUU